CCAAGUAAUGGAACUAAUAAAUUUAAAGCUGAAGAACAAAUUUUUCUGCGAUCGAUGUAGGUCAGGUUACAAUCGAUAUUUUAUAUUUGUUCAACAUAUUUUUUACAAAAUAAUUGGAUUGUCGCCGUGGAGCUUGGACAUGUCUAAUAUUAUUUUAAAAACGCCACCGAACGAUAACGAUCAAAUUAUUGUGUGCAAACUUUCGUACUUGGGAUCAUGUUAUAAUCUUUUAUUAUUUUUAUUUAUUAGUUCAACAAAUUUUUAUGUUUUAUUUAACUUAACAUUCCCUAAUUUUCUGUAUGACUCAAUUUUAACGCCAACGGUAAGAGCCAAACUUAAAUUUGUAGCAGUGCUGUGUAUUACUUUUAUACCACUGAUUUAUAUUUGUCGGCAAAAAUUAAUGAUCAGUGUAAUCAAUCGCUUGAAAAAUGUCGAUAUAAAAUUGCAGAAUUGUCGAAGCUACAAAGCAAGAAGAAGAAAUUGUUAUACUUAUUUUAUUUUUAUCAUGAAUUUUUUAAUUUUUAUUAGUUACAUAGUCCUGGUAUUUUAUUAUUUUUCAAAAUCUUCGGUUAUAGUUCAGCUUAUUAUUUUAUUUCCUGAUUUUAUCAGUAGUUGGAUGAUAAUACAAUUCACCAUAUUAUUAAGAAAAAUUUAUAAACGAUUUAAAAGUAUCAAUUCUGCUAUAUCAAAAUUAGACAUUCGAAGUAAAUUAAACGCGAGUGAAAAAAAUGGAUCACUAUUAACUGAAUUAGCGAUCUUCGAAAUAAGAACUAUUAAAUUUGCUUUCAUUGAACUGUGCGAAAUAUGUCAAGACUCUGCUGAUUUUUACGGAUUACCUAUUCUCAUUUCGAUUAUUCAUUACGUGUUGAUAAGCAUAAUUCGACUGUACUUUGUAAUUUUGGCAUUACUUCAAAUAAAAGAAUCUAACAAUAUGCUCUACGUUUGUGCAGUAGUAGUCAACGGGUCGAUUAUUUUCUUACUUGUAGUGUUAACUUCUACUGUCACCAAAACAACUAAGGAGAGUAACAAAACAGGAAAAGUUAUAAAUUUACUUAUGGAUCAGUGUUCAAUGGAUCAGAAAAUUGAACAACGAUUGGCUAAGUUUUCUAGCGAUAUUUUGCAUUUGAAAAUUGAAUUCACGGCCUACGAUGUUAUACCAUUAGACCGCAGACUGUUAGCUAUGAUUGUUGGUACCGUCGCAACUUAUCUCGUUAUCGUUAUUCAGUUC